UUAUUUUGCAAUAUCUGAACAAGAUUUAUUAUCAGAAACUGAAAAUAACAGAGUUUGUGAAAUUAUUGAUAAUGUAACAAAAACUCUUACAGAUGAAAAUAAUAAUUACUUACAAUCAGUUUUUAAAAAUUUAAAUAUUUUUAUGACUAUUCAAACUGAAGUUCAAAAAUGUACAAACAAAAAAAAACUUGUUGAUUAUAUGGAUUCUUUAACUACUAAAUAUAUUUUACAAUAA